AUCUCGACUGUAGGGAGGUAUGCGCCAAGCGAGCGACGUUCUCUCACGUGACCGGAAGACGUGUUUGCAUCCGAGAUCCAGGUUUUCCUUAAUAUAUCCCAUAGUCCGAAAUAUCCAGGCUUUGGACCAAUAGGAAAUGAUUCAGGAAUCCAGGAGCCAAGGAACGGAAGCACAUCUCUGCCAUAAUAAACAUUUAAAAGUAGUGAUAAUAUGGUGACACCGAUGGGCCAGUCCUGUUCAUACCACUUAAUCAGAAUAUCACAUAAAUGAUGUCCAGACACUAGGCAAUCUUACAACAUAAUAAAAGAAAAUGGGGUGACCGAGGGUGACUGUCCGGAAUAAAGAGACUGCACUCCAGAGGGUGAGUUUUACAUCGCCAAUGUCGAUUCAUGUAACACUAUUCUGACAGUUUAAUUUAGAGGGCAUGCGACAGUUAAAAUUUAGGCUAUUUGUAGUAAUUAAUCAGCAGAGAUUGGGAGUUUUCCAGCGUGUCAAAGAGACGACUUAAACUGACUGCUGAUGUCCCAUGAGAGAAAUGACACUUUCGUAAGCAAUGCAGAGGCGAGACAAACCAGAGGGCUGCGUCCCAGGGCGUUGCUAGGAAUAAAGCUCUACUGGGGCACAGGCACCCCAAUAUUCAAUUCACACAUUUCUUUCUUGAAUGUCUGCUGCAUAAAUGAAAUGUGCUAUACAUUGUGCUAUGAGAACUUCCAUUUCUUAGCCCAUUGUCCCCGUGACAUACUGCUGCUACUGAAACUGAAACAUCUAAAGGUAAACAUGUAGAGAUAUUCAUCUUUCUGAAAGUAUUUAUUUCAGCAUACAUUCAAAACAUUCUUGACAUGUUCUUAUGGCAUUAAAGUCUAAACCUGUAUUACAGAUUUCUUUGCAUUCAUCUGCAUUUUACAAUAACUACUGUUUGAUUUGUCGAAUUUAAGCAUUCACAACAAAUUGAUCCAUAAACAAAUAAUUAAUUUAAAGAAAAACGCAAUCAUUAUUUUUUUGUAACUCAUAAGGCCACAUAACAUAUCAAUGCUCCAAUUAUUUCAAAUUGUGCAAAGGAUGGCUGGAGCUCCCACAUUUGUCUCCCUGCACAGUCAGCUUCCUCCACACUUUCCCUUCCUGCCUUACAGUAGGUUUACCAGUUCACUAAAAAUGCAUAAAACAAACAAUAUUUGGACUGUGUGACAAGAGCAUCAAAUAUGUUAUAGGCUAUUCAUUAAAUGUACAAUCAAUAGUCCAAUGUUAAUAAAGACUGCUACAUGUGAUAUAUUAUGUAUUGUAUUUGUCAGUUAGUUUAUUUCAUGUAGUACACUGAUAACGUUUUAGUCCAAUUGAUCAUAUGCAUUGAUGUACAGAGCACCUGGUUACGUACUAGCUAACUAAACUAACGUUACCUUGUUCACCAACUACAGCAGGUCUUACCUCUGUCGCCCUCAUCUCUAUGAGCUUCUUCCCUGUCUCAGCCUCCUCUAAAUAAUUUUUUCAUGUCCAUCUACAGGAGUCAGUCAUUUUUGACUCAGAUUAGAUCACCAAUAUUAUUAAAAAACUUACACUAUUAUUCCCUCUCUCAUACCUCAGUCCAUUCUAAAGAGGGGGUUUUAAAUCAUCUCUAAAGGCUUUUGGCCACUGUAUAGCCACACUAAUCCAGAUUUUUCCAAAUAUUGAUUCUAACAAUAUACAGUAUGUAGGAACUCAUUAGAAGAAACCAGUGGUACAGGUUAUACAGUAUGUUCUUAAAUGCAGAGCCUUUCUGCUGUGAAGUACUGUAUAUUUAAAUAGUUUUGAUUGAAAUAGUUUUGUUUUUUAUGUGGAAUAUAUCUUGAAAAAAUAUAACAUUAACACUAAGUACAGAGACUUUUUAUUUAUUUCUACAAGGCUAAAAUGUGAUAUUGAGCUAUUCUGCCCAUGUUAAAGUAAAAUGGGAAACCUUUUUGAUUUUUAUACCAGUUGCAAUUAACAUCAAUUAGUUUUUUCCCAGACAGAUUUACGUGUUUUUCUGUUGAUUGUGAUAGCUGUGUUGUUCCACAAGGUGGAGCCAUAGGGGCUAAAAUUAUUGGUAAAUGUAAUAUUCUAGCCCUGAAGUUUUUGUUUCUGAUAAUUCAGCUGGAAGCUUUUUGAAUAUCAAAAUGAUAUUUUAACAAAAAAUCCUUUCCUCUGAUUUUUGCUGAAAGUAUAACAAGGAUUUACUGAGAGCUGUGCAAGUAGAGGGAUUCAGAGGUCGUCAAAGUAAUCCAGUUUCACAUGCUGGUUUUAGCUGUAGCUGACAGAUUCAGAUAAGUUAAUGUGACAGUGUGAUUUUUUUUAAACCUGAGAGCUAUAGAACUUUAUGGCCAUUUUUCAGCUGAGGUAAAAACAACCAAAGGAGUGAAGACGGUUCUCUUCCUUCAGUGAGAAGAGAUGCAAGCUUUUCAACAUAUGUGACAGUACAAAGACCACAAAAGUUGUGUCUGUUGCAGUUCUCACAUCAUUUCCUGCAUCCAGCGUGUUGGUCAGUGUUCAGAUGAAAAAAAAAGGAAGUAAAAAAAUUAAAUUAUCAAGGAAGUAGCUGAAAUGAGGAAGCCUCAGUGCUCCACCACUUCACAGUGUUGGUACAGGCUGACGGUUAUUCUGCUGCAGACAGGAUCAACUCUGAUAUGGUGAAGGACUGAAAGGAAGCGAUGUAGAAGAGGGUCAAACUCUCAACAACGUCACCACAUUAUACAGUUUAUUGCAUCCUGCUGGCUGAACUUAAGAGAACCGCCAUCCAGAAGCCAACAUGGCUGACAGCGUGAAUACACUGCCAUUCUUCUAUGGCAGCAUUACCAGGGAAGAGGCGGAAGACUACCUGCGGCAAGCAGGCAUGGGCGAUGGUGGGUACCUGCUGCGGCAAAGCCGAAACUAUCUCGGAGGUUUUGCACUGUCUGUGUCAUAUUCAGGCCGCUGCUCCCACUAUACCAUUGAAAGAGAAUCCAGUGGAACAUAUGCUAUUGCUGGUGGUAAGAGCCACAGGAGCCCUGUGGAUGUGAUUGACUACCACUCCCAGGAGUUAGAUGGUCUUGUGUGUCUGCUGAAGAGGCCCUGCAACAGACCAAGAAACAUGCAGCCUAAGGUGGGGCAAUUUGACGACCUGAAGGAAAAACUGAUCCGGGAGUAUGUAGCGCAGACCUGGAACCUGAAGGGGGCAGCUCUAGAGCAGGCCAUCAUCAGCCAGAAGCCUCAGCUGGAGAAGCUCAUUGCCACCACUGCACAUGAAAGAAUGCCCUGGUUCCAUGGAACAAUAACACGUGAAGACUCUGAGCCUAGGCUUCAAAAUGGCUCCCGUACAAAUGGAAAGUUCCUGAUUCGGGAGAGAGAUUCGAAUGGAUCCUAUGCUCUGUGUUUACUACAUGAAGGACAAGUCAUGCAUUAUCGCAUUGACAGGGACAGGACACAGAAGCUCUCUAUCCCAGAUGGCAAGAAGUUUGACACCCUGUGUCAGCUGGUGGAGCACUACUCAUACAAACCAGACGGUCUGUUGCGAGUGCUAACAGAGCCCUGUCCGAGACCUGAUGGAGAUAUUGGACAGCUAGGAUGGUCACUACUCUUGCAGGAUCCUACUCGAUUUACUUCUACUCUUCACACUGCAGCUGGUGGAUUUUUCUCCAAAAUGAAAAUACCUGGCCGAAAAAAGAGCUGGGGAUCCCGACCAAACAAAGAUAAUGUUUAUGAAACGAAGGUGCUCGGUAAUCAAGCAGUCAACAAAGAGGCCAUGCCAAUGGAUACAGAGGUAUAUGAGAGUCCAUAUGCAGACCCGGAUGAACUGAGGAGUUCCACAGUGGAUCGCAAUCACCUGUUUUUGGAGGAUGGAGAACUGGGCUCUGGAAACUUUGGUACAGUCAUGAAGGGCAUCUACAAGAUGAGAAAGACAGAGAAGCCAGUUGCAGUAAAAAUUCUGAAGAAUGAUGACAACAACCCAGCAGUACGGGAUGAAAUGCUGCGAGAAGCCAAUGUCAUGCAGCAGCUUGACAAUCCUUAUAUCGUCCGGAUGAUCGGUAUCUGUGAGGCUGAAAACCUCAUGCUGGUCAUGGAGCUGGCUGAACUGGGACCACUCAACAAGUUCCUGCAAAAAAACAGGCAAACAUCCAUAAAGAACAUCACAGAACUGGUCCACCAGGUGUCUAUGGGGAUGAAGUACCUAGAGGAACAUAACUUUGUCCACAGAGACCUCGCUGCCAGGAAUGUGCUGCUGGUUACACAGCACUAUGCCAAAAUCAGUGACUUUGGUCUUUCCAAAGCUGUGGCUGAGGAUCAGAACUACUACAAGGCCAAGGGUCAUGGGAAGUGGCCAGUGAAAUGGUAUGCUCCUGAGUGUAUAAACUACUUGAAAUUUUCAUCAAAGAGUGAUGUGUGGAGCUUUGGGGUGCUCAUGUGGGAGGCCUACUCCUACGGCCAGAAACCAUACAAGGGAAUGAAAGGAAAUGAUGUCAUGCAAAUGAUUGAAAGUGGAAAGCGGAUGGAUGCCCCAGGGAACUGUCCACCAGAGAUGUUUGACCUCAUGAGGACCUGCUGGACAUAUAAGGCAGAUGAAAGGCCUGGAUUUGCUGUUGUUGAGCCAAGACUGCGAGAAUAUUAUUAUGAUAUUGCACAGUGAUUCUUUACAUGGAUGUUAUGAGGCUAUGCAAACUGUUGUUUUAAAACUGCAUUUUAUCAUGUGCAAAUGACUAGAAAUGGAUUUGAAUUAUAAAUUUUAUUGCUGAAUGUAAACAUUAUGAACAUAUACUUGCCAGUCCCUUUAACAGUCACACCUGAACAACUAUAUGCACUUCAAUGCAACAC